GGUUGAUUGGUACCUGAAAUUUGUAUCUCACUAUCAACACCGCGAGGAGAAAUCAAGACUUCUGAUGCUGAUCAACAAUUCUCACUGAGCUAUGCUGUCAUCUGAUUCAAGUAGCUGAAGGGGGGUCUCGUCAGUCAUCGUGCAUCUCAACAACAUCCUUCCGACUCUCCAUCCAUCAAAUUCGCUUUGACACUCAUCACCAGAUAUGAGCACUCAUACGCUGACCACGUUUCGAUAUGAUGCCGCCUUGAGCAAUUUCGUGAAAAAGACUACCCAGCGAGCGCUUGGCCUGAACGAGAUCAAGAUCAGAGUAACUCAUUCAGGGAUUUGCUACACUGAUGUUCACGCAAAAGACAAGACCUGUGGCUUAGGCCAUGAAGGAGUCGGUCUCGUCACUGACGUUGGAGACGCUGUCAAGUCUGUGAAGCCCGGUGACCGUGUCGGAUGGGGCUGGCUACGUAGUUCUUGUGGAACUUGCGAUGUCUGUGUGGAAGGAUACCGCCAGUAUUGUAGUCAAGCAGCUGGAUUUGCCUUCUGUGAUCAUGAGCAAGGUGCUUUUGCUGAUUUUCAUAUCAUCGACGCCGAUUUCGCCUACCAGAUCCCUGCUGAGAUCCAGUCCCACCACGCUGGUGUGUUCAUGUGUGCCGGAGCUUCCACCUACGAAGCACUGGAUGCAGCCGGCACAAAGCCGCAUCAUCGAGUUGGCGUUGUCGGUCUGGGAGGCCUUGGACACAUGGCUGUACUCUUCGCCAAAGCGAUGGGCUGUGCUGUCACUGUCUUCUCCGGCUCAACCGGCUUCGGAUCACAGAGCAAGGCAAAAGAUGCUUUUGCAUUGGGUGCCGACGAGUUGCGAUCUCUUAGCGACAUCAACACGCCCAACUUCCCCAACAGCUUCGGAGAUCCUCCAAGAGAUAGGAGUUCCAAGGCACUUAUAGAUGUCCUCCUCAUCUGUGCCAAUGAAACUCCCGAUCUGGAGAAGAUGCUGCCCUUUUUGGCACGAAGAGCCACCAUCGUUCUUAUGUCGAUCCAACAAAAGCCGCUAGUCAUCCCUUACAUGCCUUUCAUCCUUCCUGGCCACAGAAUCAUUGCUUCAACAGAAGCUUCACGGCGAAAUCAUUUUGCGAUGAUUCAAUUUGCAGCUCGACACCAGAUAUCGCCAUGGGUAGAAAGAUAUCCCAUGACUGCAGAUGGCCUUAAGAUGGCCUUUGAGAGACUCGAGAAGGGUGAGAUGCGAUUCAGAGGAGUACUUGAAGUACCUGCAGCAGGAAUCUAGAAGUUUUGCACUGGCGCGUUUUAGUCAAGAUGUAUGUCUGAAGCGUCUAUGUACAGCGGCGAGAUAUUGUUACGCCAAAGGUAGAUGGUAGAAACAAGCAAACAUCUCUACCUUUCGUCUCAUCACCCUACUCUCUCAAGUCCACGUGCCAUUAGCAGGACCGAAGAAGCCGCUUGCCGGCAGCGGCAGAUUUGACACGCCUACUGCAUCGAGUGUGUUUGCAAACACAGUCGUGCCCCACCAAUCCGGCAUGGAGUAGCCAGGGUAGCUGACUGCGAAGAAGAUGACGAUUCCAGCGACGGCUGUUCCUGUAUCGACAGCAGCGGCAAGAACAUACUGCAUUCGGUCAGCUCACAAACUCGAGGAUACUUCGCAAAACAACUUACAUUGUACUUCGUCCACCAGGCAAAGAAAUUCUGCUUGAUAUAGCCGUUG